AUGGCAUCUGGUUCUACUGCUCCUAGUGCUAACGCACCAACUGAAAAUGCUAAACCCAAGGCACCUCCGCCCAAGAAACGGCCAGCACUGGUGGUCGAAUCUGGGAGUGAUGAAGAAAGUGACUCUCCUCCUGCCCCUCUAAAGAGGCGAAAGUUGACGAAGGAUGCUUCUGUUCCUGCUCCUGCUCCUGAAGGUCGAACCAUCAGAAUAAAAGUUGCUGGGAGAAAGCCUAGGCCACCUCCAGUGAUCAUCGAGGAGCCAACUGAGGAGGAACUAAACAUUCUUCUUAACAAGCCUGUCGAAAGCGACAAUUCCAGCCCUGGGGCUGAAGCUAAUCCACAGGACAUUACUGAAAGUUCUCCGCCAAGGACCUCUGAAACGUUGGAAUCUGCUGAACUUAGCAGGCCUCAGGAAAAAGGCUUGGGAAAUGACGAAGCCCAUACUGAAAAUGAGGCCAAUGCUGAAACGGUAGAAAAACCAACAGAGGAACCUCUGGUGGAGGAACAACAGCCAGAAGCGGUUCAGGUGGUGGAUCUGUCAGAAGAGAAUCACGAAGAAAGGGACCAAGGCAAUGCUGGCGAAGAAAAUCAAGGUGCUGUUGACGAAGAGAACCAAGGUGGCACUGGCGAAGGGCACCAGGGUGACGCUAGCGAAGAGCACCAAGAUGACGCUGGCGAAGGGCACCAGGGUGACGCUAGCGAAGAGCACCAGGGUGAUGCUAGUGAAGAGCCACAAGUCGACGCUGGUGCUGCCCCAGUCCGAGUCGAAGAGCAACAAGUCGAGGCACUUAACAUUCAACAGCCUCAAACCCAAGACAAUACUGUUGCAAGGGUUACCUCCACGAAGCACAGGAGCCAACACACGUGCAACAACGUCUCAACCUAUGUGAUUGGUCUUGAUCUUAGUUGCAACAAUCUGCGAGGUGAAUUUCAUCCCAAUAGCACUAUCUUCAAACUUAGACACCUUCAACAACUCAACUUGGCUUUUAAUGUUUUUUUUUGGUCUUCUGUCCAUGUUGGUAUUGGUGAUCUAGUGAGUCUCACAAAUCUAAAUCUUUCAAAUUGUUUCCUUAGAGAUACUAAUAUUCCUUCAGAAAUCUCUCAUUUAUCAAAAUUAGUAUCACUUGAUCUUAGCAUGACUGACAUGGAACUCAAUCCAUUCACAUGGAAGAAACUCAUUCAUAAUGCUACUAAUUUAAGGGAGCUUUCUCUAGAUUCUGUGUAUAUGGGCUCAAUCAAAGAGAACUCUUUGUCUAUGCUAAAGAACUUGUCAUCCUCUUUAGUUUCUCUUAGUCUAGCAUCCACUGGAUUGGAAGGAAAUUUAUCAAGUGACAUCCUCUCUCUACCUAAUCUUCAAAAACUAGAUUUAUCAGGUAAUCAAUAUCUUAGCGGUCAACUUCCAAAGUCCAACUGGAGCACUCCUCUAAGUUACUUAGACCUCUUUUUAGUUAAUUUUUCUGGUGAAAUUCCUUAUUCCAUAGGCCAGUCGAAGUCUCUCACUUACUUAAAACUUCAAGGCUGCAAUUUUAAUGGAAUGGUUCCUCUAUCUUUGUGGAACCUCAAUCAACUUACAUACUUGAACCUUGCUAACAACAAUUUUGAGGGUGAGAUCCCAUCAUCACUUUCAAAACUUACACACCUCACUUUCUUAAAUCUUGGAGAUAAUAAAUUUAGUGGCAACAUUCCAAAUAUUUUUGAAAAUUUAAUCAGAUUAGAAUAUUUAUUACUUUCCAAUAAUAAACUAAUUGGCCCAAUUCCAAGUAAAAACACAAAUCAUUCAAAAUUGAUCAGUCUGUAUUUAGGACAUAACAUGUUAAAUGGAACAAUUCCACAUUGGUGUUUUAAAUUGCCUUCUUUGUUAGAGUUGCACCUCAGUGACAACCACCUUACAGGAUUCAUUGGUGACUUCUCAACUCAUUCUUUGGAAUAUUUGAUUCUCUCUAAUAACAACUUACAUGGUCAUAUUCCCAAUUCAAUAUUUAAACUCCAAAGUCUUACUUACUUAGAUUUGUCAUUAAACAAUUUGAGUGGUGAAUGGUUUCAAAAACAGCUCUUAAACUCAUGGGAAAAAAUUGAGUACAUUGAUCUUAGUUUCAACAAGUUGCAAGGAGAUCUUCCAAUUCCACCAUAUGGCAUUCAAUACCUUUUACUCUCAAAUAACAACUUCACAGGAGACAUUGCUUUGUCAUUAUGCAAUGCAAGUUCCUUGGAAAUGCUCAAUUUGGCUCAUAACAAUUUAACAGGGACGAUACCACAAUGCUUGGGAACAUUUCCUUCACUUUCUAUAUUGGAUAUGCAAAUGAACAACUUCUAUGGAAGCAUGCCUGGAACCUUUUCCAAAGAAAAUAAUUUUGAGACAAUAAAGUUGAAUGACAAUCAAUUGGAAGGACCACUACCACACUCUUUGGCUCAUUGCACGAAACUCAAAAUUUUGGACCUUGGAGAUAACAACAUUGACGAUGCAUUUCCAAAUUGGCUUGAAACUCUAAAAGAGUUACAAGUACUCAGUCUACGAUCAAAUAAACUUUAUGUGGAACCUUGCCAACAUCGUGCAUCAAGAACUUUCAAGCAAUGA